UGGAUUUAUCGUAACCUCGUUCACUGCCGAUCUCAAUGUAUCUUAUCGCGCUUGUGGCUUUCGCGCUAUUUACGACGUGUGAGGCCAUGCGCGAUCAAUCCAUUGCGGUCAAAGGAAAACUUCUAUGUGGGAAUGGGCCAGCAAAAAAUGUGAGAGUGAAGCUAUACGAUUUGGACACUGGAAUAGAUCCAGACGACAUGCUCGACCAAGGAUACACAGAUUCUAAUGGCGAGUUCAAACUGAGCGGAGGUACAGCGGAAACAACCCAGAUCGAUCCUGAGCUCAGAAUUUACCAUGAUUGCAAUGAUGUCACGCAAGUCGGCGGUGUUGCUAAGCCUGGAAGUCGCAAAGUCACAUUCCUCCUCCCCAGUAAGUACAUCACCAAUGCAAAGCAGCCGAAAACUACAAUGGACAUUGGAAGCAUCAAUCUGGAACUGAUAUUCCAGAAUGAAGGAAGGGAAUAUAUCGUCAGCUAAAUAGACAUUUUGUGUUGGCGGUGGUGGCUAUAGUAUAUUUUUGCGCAAUAAAGAGCAAAACGAACACAUU